AUGGGAUUCACCAAGACAUUGAUUCGGGCUGGAAAUGGAAUCAAGCCUACCCGUGGCCAAAAGGUUACCGUUCACUGCACUGGAUUCGGCAAGGACCGUGAUAUGUCCAAAAAGUUUUGGUCGACCAAGGAUCCUGGACAAGAACCCUUUACGUUUGCCGUUGGGUUAGGGCAAGUCAUCAAGGGAUGGGACGAAUCUGUCAUUGAAAUGUCCAUUGGGGAAGUUGCCAAGAUUCACUGCAGUCCAGACUAUGCCUACGGAGCUGGAGGCUUUCCUGCUUGGGGAAUUAUGCCAAAUUCCGAACUAAUCUUUGAGAUUGAAGUGCUCAGUUACGCUUAG